CCAGGGGCUGACCCAGGAUUGAGAUGGCAGGCUUUGACAUCAUCGCUGAUCCCCAGGUGAGACAGUGACUUUCUGCUUCUCUCUAAUGAGAUGCUCAGGGAGUCCAGACGCAGUGGGACGGAUGCUGCCGUAAACACCCAUCUGAUUCUCACAAAUCUCCGUUCUUACAAAGGGCUAGGACGGUGAUCAUCCACUCUUCACUUGCUCAGAAUCUUCUUAGGAUUCUGAGAUUUUCUAAUCCUUAGAAACAUCAAGGUGACACACAGAUUGAAACUACAGUAUCUACUUGUCUGGGUAUUUUAGAACAGUAGAGACCACAGUGUUUAUUUUAUAAGGAGUAACAUUCACUCUUCCUGCAUCAAGGAGCAACAGCAAAAAUCAGGAAUAUUCAUGGAGAGUUUGAGAAAAAUCAGCGUUUUUUUCCCGUUCUUUCUUUGAUGCUAGGAAGUGGGAGGAGGACUUGGGAUGUUAACACAGGAAAACAUGAUUGUGGGGAGUGGGGGGUACGUGCAAAAACUGUGAUUAUGUUUUAUUUAGUCAAGCUAAUGGGUGAAGCCAGCGGGACCAGAACCACUCUAGACUGAAACUUGUAGAUUGGAUUGUGGGUAGGGCUAUAUCUUCAACAUGCCCAUCAAUGAAGCAUGAUCUGCUGCAUCUAAAUCCCAGCUUCUACAUUUCUCACCUCUGUCUCUGUUCUUUGUAGCUUGGAUCAGACCAUGAGAGGCAGCAACCAGUCGAGCGUCUCCGAGUUCCUCCUCCUGGGACUCUCCAGGCAGCCCCAGCAGCAGCAGCAGCUCCUCUUCCUGCUCUUCCUCAUCAUGUACCUGGCCACUGUCCUGGGAAACCUGCUCAUCAUCCUGGCCAUCGGCACAGACUCCCACCUGCACACCCCCAUGUACUUCUUCCUCAGCAACCUGUCCUUUGUGGAUGUCUGCUUCUCCUCCACCACUGUCCCCAAGGUGCUGGCCAUUCACAUACUCAGGAAUCAGGCCAUUUCCUUCUCUGGGUGUCUCACACAGCUGUACUUUCUUUGUGUGUUUGCUAACAUGGAUGAUUUCCUGCUGGCUGUGAUGGCCUAUGACCGUUUUGUGGCCAUAUGUCACCCCUUACACUACACAACAAAGAUGACCCAUCAGCUCUGUGUCCUCAUGGUGGUCGGGUCAUGGGUGGUAGCCAGCUUGAAUGCUCUGUUGCACACUCUGCUCGUGGCAAGACUCUCAUUCUGUGCGGACAACAUCAUCCCCCACUUCUUCUGUGAGGUGACCCCCCUCCUGAAACUCUCCUGCUCAGACACACACCUCAAUGAGCUGAUGAUUCUCUAUGUUGCAGGGCUGUUAAUGAUCGCCCCGUUUGUUUGCAUCCUCGUGUCUUAUGUCCUUAUUACUUGUGCUAUCCUGAAAGUCUCAUCCAUAAGUGGAAGAUGGAAAGCCUUCUCCACCUGCAGCUCCCACCUGGCUGUGGUCGGCCUCUUCUAUGGCACCAUCAUAUCCCUGUAUUUCAACCCCUCCUCCUCCUCCUCUCACUCAGCUGGGAGUGACAUGGCAGCUGCCAUGAUGUACACAGUGGUGACCCCCAUGCUGAACCCUUUCAUCUACAGCCUGAGGAACAAGGACAUGAAAGGAGCUUUAAGGAAAGUACUUACCAUGAAAUAUUUAUCUACUCAAUAAUGUUGAAAAUGAUGAAUAUCAUGGAGGGAACUAAUGUCCAAGAAUCCUUUGUGGUUCUAUCAAUUAUCUGAAAACUUCACUUGCCUUUUGUAAGGAAAACAUGUACUGGGAGUUUUAGAGAUGACCCACAUUUAGGAGCCCUGGCCAUUCUUGCAGAGGACCUGGAUUUGAUUUCCAGCACCCACAAGGUGGCUCACAACUAUUUGCAACUACAGUUCUCUGGGAUUUGAACCCUCCUCCAGGUGGCACCAGGCCUGCUAAUGGUGCACAGAAAUCCCUGUCGACAAACCACCCAUACAUGUAAAAAAUGCUCUAAAGAAAAGAACCUGUUCUGGAGAGUAAAACCUAGGACACAAUUCCUUUAGGUAAAAGAAUGAUAAAAACUCUAACUAAUGUCUUUAUUCAGAUUGUCAUGUCAAUGCCUUGGCAAAAUCCGCCAUGAACACA